AUGUCUGCGAAGCGCCGCCUGCAAGAACUCUUUGAGAAGUACGACACAUCGGGUGAUGGUGUCCUUUCCGAAGACGAAAUGCUCAAGUUGUUUGAGCGCCUGGGUGUUCCUAGAAAGAGUGCGGAGGAACUCUUCAAAGAGGCUGAUGCAAACAAGGAUGGAACAAUCCAAGUGCAUGAGUUCAUUGCCUGGAUCACAGCCAACAAACCGGCCUUCAAUCCCCUUGCCACCUUGGGCGAAGAUGGGACAGGAGACAUCCAGUUCGCCUUCUCGAAUCCUACCAAGCACUCCAUGAAGUACACCUUCAAAUUCUUGAUGUGUGAAAAUGUGGAGUGCAUUUAUGGCAAUCCCGUGCAGGUAGUUCUUGAACCAGGCAAGCGAAUUUUCAAGCCCAUGCUGAGAGUCACCAAAUCACCUUUCAGUUACGAAGUGGCACCUGUGUGCUGUCGAGCAGACGUGAACAACGGCGAGGAUGAUCUGAGCAAAGCCUUCAUCGAUCCAGAUUUCCCACAUGAUGAGAGGAGCACCAAGAAUUCCAGGUUUCCUGAGUUGGACAUGGGCAAGCCAGACCGAUGGGUGCGGGCUCGGAUGUUGGGCAAUUCCAGCGAAGCGGUCCUUUUUGAUGAAGUUCGACCACAAGAUGUGAAACAAGGACAUGUCGGAGAUUGCUAUUUGUUGGCUUCCUUGAGUGCUUUAGCCCAGCAACCUCAACGUCUCAAGAACUUGUUCAGUGAGAAGCACUUGACGGAGGACGGGAAGUACACCGUGAAGCUUUUUCACAUGGAUAAGAAGGAGUGGGUAAAGGUUGUCAUCGAUGAGUUCGUCCCAUGUCGGAGCGCCGACGGGAUUUUACGUCCUUGCUGCGCACAACCCUUGGGUGAAGAGAUUUGGGUUCCGUUGCUGGAAAAGGCCAUUGCCAAGUUCUGCGGAAAUUAUGGUGAGAUCUACGGCGGAAUGGAAAGCUGGGUUUUCAAACUCUUGACUGGAGAAACCCCUGAGAUCUUACAGAAGACGAAGAAUGGUUGGAUCAGUUACUAUUCUAGGAAUAUGAAAGCCAGAGAGCCCCAAGAAGGGCGGCCACGAAAGAAUCGAGACAGAAAACCCAUGGACUCGGAACAGCUUUUCCAAUUUAUCUCAGGCGCUCUUGCUGACAAGCACAUUGUGUCCUGCAGUGUGAACUUCCUGGACGACAAGCCCAUCAGCACCCCAGAAAUGAAUUCACAAGUCCGGCUCCAGUAUGGAGUGGAGGCAAACCACGCUUACUCGUUGUUGAAAUGCUUUGAGGAGAAGAUGGACAAUGGCCAGCCUAUACGGCUGGUCCAGAUUCGAAAUCCUUGGGGCUUUGGAGAGUGGAAAGGUGAUUGGGCAGACUACAGCAAAGAAAACAAGCUUCCUGAUUGCUGGGAGAAGAAUCUGGAGCUCAAGGCUCGUUUGAAGGUCCGUCAUCAGAACGACGGCCUCUUUUACAUGUCCUUCGAGGAUUGGGAGAACCUGUACACCGGUUGUCAAUUGUGCCCUGUGGGUACAAAGCCGAUGCCGAGUGACGAAGACUUAGAAGAAGAUCUCGGCGAAGAAGAGUCUAAGGGGUUCUUCUCCAGCAUGUUUGGGAGCUUCUGGUAA